AUGGACGAGGCCGAACCGAACGAGCGCAGCCCUCUGCUGAGCAGCGGCGAGCGCGGGCGGGCGGCCAGCAGCGCCUUCCAGGGCCGGCGGCUGGCCUGCGCCGCCGUGCUGCUGGCCGAGCUGCUGGAGCGAGUGGCCUUCUACGGCAUCACCUCCAACCUGGUGCUGUUCCUCAACGGGCCGCCCUACGGCUGGGAGGGCGCGCAGGCCAGCCAGGCGCUGCUGCUCUUCAUGGGCAUCACGUACCUGGUGUCGCCGUUCGGGGGCUGGCUGGCCGACGCCCUGCUGGGCAAGUUCGGCACCAUCCUGCUCAGCAUGGCGCUGUACCUGCUGGGCAUGCUGGCCUUCCCCGUCAUCGCCGCGCCGCACACCCGCCAGGGCCUGUGCGGGGACAUCCCCCUGUUCCCCGUGGAGAACUGCUCCUCGCCGGCCGCCAACGCCACCCUGGCGCCCUGCUCGCAGGCCGGAGCCACCCGCUACUGCGCCACCGCCACCUUCGUGGGACUGGUCCUCGUGGGGCUGGGCGUCGGCUCGGUCAAGGCCAACAUCACCCCGUUCGGGGCCGACCAGGUCAAGGACCGGGGUCCAGAAGCCACAAGAAGGUUUUUUAAUUGGUUUUACUGGAGCAUCAAUCUGGGAGCUAUCCUGUCUCUGGGAGGCAUUGCCUACAUCCAGCAGAACGUGAGCUUUGUGAUCGGGUACAGCAUCCCCACGGUCUGCAUCGGCAUUUCCUUCAUGGUGUUCCUGUGUGGCCAGAGCUUCUUCAUCACCAAACCUCCUGAUGGCAGUGCCUUCACAGACAUGUUCAGGAUCCUCACAUACUCCUGCUGCUCCAAGAGGGGCCACGGGGAGCACUCAGCAAACAGUGAGGGCCAGGGAGUGCUGCACCCACCCCGCAGGCAGAGCCUCUUCGAGAUGGCCAAGCUGUCCCGGGGGGGCCCCUUCAGAGAAGACAAGGUGGAGGAUGUGAAAGCUCUUGUCAAGAUUAUCCCUGUCUUUCUGGCUUUAAUACCUUACUGGACAGUGUAUUUUCAAAUGCAGACAACAUAUGUAUUGCAGAGCCUCCAUCUGAGAAUUCCCGAGAUAUCCAAUGACACCAACUCCAUCCACACGUUCCCAGCAGCCUGGCUGACCAUGUUUGAUGCAGUGCUUAUCCUGAUCCUGAUCCCCCUAAAGGACAAGCUGGUGGACCCCAUUUUGAAGAGGCAUGGCUUGCUGCCAUCCUCCCUGAAGAGGAUUGCAGUGGGGAUGUUCUUUGUGAUGUGCUCUGCCUUUGCUGCAGGAAUUCUGGAAAGCAACAGACUGAAAAUUGUGAAGGUUAAAACAAUUAACCAGACAAUUGGGAAUGUUACAUACCACGCUGCAGAUUUGCCAAUCUGGUGGCAGAUUCCUCAGUAUGUGCUGAUUGGAUUCAGUGAAAUAUUUGCAAGUAUAGCAGGUCUAGAGUUUGCAUAUUCAGCUGCUCCCAAGUCCAUGCAGAGUGCCAUUAUGGGGCUGUUCUUUUUCUUCUCGGGGAUUGGCUCCUUUGUUGGCUCUGGGUUGUUGGCACUGGUGUCCAUUAAAGAAAUUGGCUGGAUGAGUAAUCACACAGAUUUUGGCAAUAUCAAUGGCUGCCAAUUGAACUAUUACUUCUUUCUGCUGGCUGCUAUCCAAGGAGCCACCCUGCUGCUGUUCCUGAUUGUGUCUGUCAAGUACGAGCGCCACAAGGCCAAGGCGGGCGAGGCGGCUGCCAACGGGAGGCUGUGAGCCUGUGAGGCAGGGCACCCUGUGCCAGGCAGGGCAGUGCCAGCCAGGGCCUGCCCAGGGACCUGCAGCCCUGCCCUGUGCCUGUGGGGAAGUGCCUUAGGGCAGGGGCUGCUUCUUGCACUACGGCCUGCCAGGGACAGCAAAGCUGGGUGUGAGUCACUGCAGGCUCUGGAGCUGCUCUGUGCCCAUGGGCAGAUAAUCCACUGCAGGCUCUGGAGCUGCUCUGUGCCCAUG